UACUUAUCACAUGACAUCAUCUGAUCAUGUAUUGGCUACACCCUCACCACAGCCUCCCAUUGUUGCAUUCACUGCUCCUCCGCGAAUAAACUCCGGGCGUCCUACCUCUCAGUCUUCCAAAGGUACUCACUGCAAGUUUUGCCGUGCCAGAGGCCAUGACAUCUCUGUUUGUCGUAAGCUACAGAAAUUUGUGCAAGAGCAGAAUAAAGCUUCUCUUCCUCAGGCAGUUGCUGUAUGUCCUUCAGAUCCAUCGGUUCCUACAGGUCCAUCUUUGGCUUCCUCACUUACUACGGCUAAUAUUGAGGCAGUUGUUCAACAGGUUUUAUCCCGCACUUCCACUGCCCUUUCUGUCACCUCAGGAUCCCCGGACGGGUCAAGUGCUUGGGACAGGCCGUAAGGUUGGUCGCAUGUUUGAGGUUCAUGACUUGAAGAUUCCUUCACAAGUUGUUUCUGCAGCUG